AUGCAUGCAUAUUACCAGGCAUUAUACGUCACCCGCAAGGAUGCUGAACAGGGGAGGGCCUUCCAAUAUCAAAGGAAAUCCGGUGCUGACAUUGUGUCCAGGCCUUCAGCUGUACGACGGCAGCUUCUGGAAUUCAUAUUAAUCGCCCUGGACAAUAUCUUCCUUCCGGCAGCGCUACUCCCCAUAUUCGUAUGGAUUCAUCCCUCUGGAGAAUUGAGGGUAGCCCCCCUGCCGUUUGUGGGGCUGGAGAAGCCGCUCGGAGCUAGCCAUGGAACCGGCUGCGGUUACGCUGGGUCACAACCCGGCCAUUUAUUUGAUAAUGAAUAUUACCAGCUCAACAUUCCGAAUGGGAUGAAUGGCUGGUUGUUCCCCAUCGCGGAACAAUUCGUAUGGCUAGUUGCCGGAAGCUGGUGCCACAAGGAUCUGCUGUUGGUGAUAAUGCAACCCAACAAGACAACCACCUACCAAGUCAAGUAUGGUCAUAAAUGA